GGGGCGCCGCAGCACCCUCGGCUCACUAGCGCCCCCUCCCGGUGCACCACGCCCUCCGCUGAGCGCCCGGCGCUGCCCGCUCAGGGGGCGCAGCUGCGGGAGGGCCUGGCCGCUGCCUCGCUUCCCGGACCGCGGCCUUUCCGCCUCACACUGACUAGGAGUGUGAGUCGUGCUCCAGUGUCUGGAAUGGCAGUCAGCUCUAUUGGAACGGAACCUGAACUAUUGCUACACCGUUGGAGGCCGAGAAGGGACGGUCUUCCCUGCGUCCGGACGUCCCGUGGACCACACGCCCUGUGCGGACCCCGGUGAGACCGGCGGGCCCGCUGGGCGAUGUGCGCGGCGCUGGCGGCCUAGACUUGCCCCCAAGGAACCACUGUCCCGUGACCCCGAGACUCACGUAGGUGAGCAGCGCAAGCGGCCGCGAAGCGUGCUCCUGGGCAGCUGGGCGAUGCUGCCACCGCUGCUCACGCGUGACCUCCGCGCGGGCCGUCGCGGGCACUGGAACCUCCUGGCACGCACUCCGGCCCGGCUGGACCCUGGCUGUCCGGGGCCUCAAAGAGCGCGGAUCCCGUGUCCGACCCCACGUGGCGGCCGCCCGUGCUGGGAUUCUGCUGCAUUUUGUCUUCCUUGAACUUGAGGCUGUCUCCGUGACAGUGGGCUUGACCUCCUCUCGGCGCCCUCAGCCCGUUCAGGUGUAGAAUUGGGUAACUAGAGGCGAGUUGCACUUACAGGGUCACACUGGUAGCCGGCAUUGUGUACUUUCCGCUUUUCUUGUUAGCAGCAUUGUUUUCAAAGGUAAAUUCUUUGCAACAGAAUAACAAUGAUAAUUGAGACAUUAACUUGGAGGCAUUAAAUUUUAAUUGUGUAGAAAUACGGCUGAUGUAGUUAAUGGGUCUGCGCUCUCAGGCCUGAGUCUGUGCAGGUGGGUUCCCGGGGAAGGUGCCGUUUUAUCGUCCACUGUCCCGAGUGUCGGUCACACCGCUGGUCAUUUCUCCGGGUGACAGUUCUCAGGGCUUGGUGUGAUGGGCGUUUCAGCAGCAGUGGUGGCCGGGGGCUCAGGAACUCCUCACCUGUGGACACCCCCCCCCCCCAUCUUUCCUCUUGGACUUCAGCGACUUCGCAGUUUCUCAGUUGCUUGGGGUCCAGGUUGUAUUUCAGCCUUACCUCCACGAGGGCAGCCAAGGGUGGAUUUCACUUUCUUUUAGUAAGAAAGGGAAUUAAUUCUAUUGUGUCUGGAACUUUUUGAAGAGAGAUUUCAUCCAGUGUGUAACUCCUAAUGAUCAAAAUGCGUAUUUUAUGCAAUUUCGUUUUCUUAACCAUUUGUUUCUCUUGUUCUGCUCACAGUAAAAGUUGUAUGAGCCCUGGCCGGCUUGGCUCAGUGGAGAGAGCAUCGACCUGUGGACUGAAAGGUCUCAGAAAUGAGCCGCCAGACUGCAACCGCGUUACCCACCGGGACCUCCAAGUGCACGCCGUCCCAGCGGGUGCCCGCCCUCACGGGCACCACCGCAUCCAACAAUGACCUGGCCAGUCUCUUUGAGUGUCCUGUCUGCUUUGACUAUGUGUUGCCACCCAUUCUUCAGUGUCAGAGCGGCCAUCUUGUCUGUAGCAACUGUCGCCCAAAGCUCACGUGUUGUCCAACCUGCCGGGGCCCCUUGGGAUCCAUUCGCAACUUGGCGAUGGAGAAAGUGGCCAAUUCGGUACUUUUCCCUUGUAAAUACGCCUCUUCCGGGUGUGAAAUCACUCUGCCCCACACGGAAAAAGCAGACCACGAGGAGCUCUGCGAGUUCCGGCCUUACUCCUGCCCCUGCCCCGGCGCGUCCUGUAAGUGGCAGGGCUCCCUGGAUGCCGUGAUGCCCCACCUGAUGCAUCAGCACAAGUCCAUCACCACCCUGCAGGGGGAGGACAUCGUGUUCCUCGCCACGGACAUCAACCUCCCCGGGGCGGUGGACUGGGUGAUGAUGCAGUCCUGCUUCGGCUUCCACUUCAUGCUGGUCUUGGAGAAGCAGGAGAAGUAUGACGGGCACCAGCAGUUCUUUGCGAUUGUCCAGCUGAUAGGAACGCGCAAGCAGGCAGAAAAUUUUGCUUAUCGACUCGAGCUAAAUGGUCAUAGGCGGCGAUUGACUUGGGAAGCUACUCCCCAAUCUAUUCAUGAGGGAAUUGCAACAGCCAUUAGGAAUAGCGACUGUCUAGUCUUUGACACCAGCAUCGCACAGCUUUUUGCAGAAAAUGGCAAUCUAGGCAUCAAUGUCACUAUUUCCAUGUGUUGAAGUGGCGAUCACACGUUUUCUGGCCAGUGUUUAAAACCAUUGCGUUCAACUUCAGAGAAUAGGCCCCCUCUGCCUGCCCCCCUGAGACUUUUGGUAGGUGGAGCUAGUCACAUGAAGGUAAAUAAAUGGAAAGGCUGUUAAAUACAGGAAAUGGUUGCAUGUAGUAACACUAAUAUAUUCAAAAUAAGUCAACAGUAAACCACUGAAAAAAUAUAUAUAUACACCCAAGAUGGGCCUCUUUUGUAUUAAGAAAGAAAGCAUUGCAAAAUAAUUCUGAAUUUGUGUUUGUUGUAGAUUGAGGGUACUGUUGAGAAAUACUGGGUUUUUGUUUCUGCGUGUGAGAGUGUGUGGGUGCGUGUGCGUGUGCUUGGGUUUUUUUCCUUUAACUGACAAGCCAUGUUGAGUGGUCUUGGGCCACUGCUUCCCCUCUUUUGAGUCAAUACAUAGUGCUGCUGUGUGUGUAUAUAUUUUUUGUGUGUAUUUGCUAAUUUUUAUUAAUUCUAGUUUUUCAUUAAAUAAAUUUGACUUUCUUUUCUGUAACUCAAGCUUUUCCCAUUUUUUUUGUACCUUUUUAAAGUUAGUAGUUUUUUGAUAUGCAUAAUUUGUUUAUGGUAAAGUUUAUACAUGUGUGUUCCAUACAUGUUUUUUCUCCCCAUUAAUCAGUUCAUUAGAAAUACUUUAAAUUCAGCCUCUUGUGAAGACACAAGUUCCCGAAAGGAGAGGUAACGUUGGAAGAAAGAUCAGAAGCUGCUUAAAACAGCUAGAAGGUGGUCGGUCGGUCGGUCUUUUUCUCUUUUUUCCAGUUGAGUCACACCUUCAAACUUAUUCUUUAAAAGGUAGUAGGAUAUACUGAUUUUUAAAAAAAUAUUGAAAAAUCCCCUCGCACCCCCCAAUAUCUUGGACAAA